UUCAGCCUUUAGUAAUUGUCAACAUGCUGAGUUGCAAGCACUUGAUUGGCCAGAUGCUAAACCGUCAAUUUCAACGGCACGCUAGUGGCAUUACGGCCAAGCUGCUAAAUCAGCGUUACGUGGAGUUGGCACGGCCAGAUGGACAAAAGCUCAAGUAUCCAAGUAUUUGGCUGCGGGACAAUUGUCAGUGCAGUGAGUGCUUCCAUGCGUCGACUCGGGUACGCAAAAGCCACUGGGAACGUGGUCCGCUGAACGUACAGCCGGAACUCGUGAGCUACGACGAGAAAAGUCAACAACUGAUUGUCAAUUGGGAAGAUGCGCACAACUCUAUCUACGACUUGGAGUGGUUGCAGGAGCGCGAUUUCGGUCAGGAUUCCAGGCAACGAUAUCUAAAUGAAGUUUACAAGCCGCCGGUUCAGCUGUGGGGCAAACCACAGUUUGGCGAGGUGACACGCGAGUUUUCCUAUGAGGAUGUGCUCAAACAGGAUUCAGUUUUGCGCGACUGGCUCCAGGCACUGGCCGUAAAGGGCUUCGCACUAUUGCGGGGUGCACCGAACGACACGGAAGUCGCGCGCCAUCUGGCCGAACGCAUUGGCCACAUAAAGCGUACCACCUACGGGGAUGUAUUUGAGGUGAAGUCGAAGCCGAAUGCCAACAACUAUGCGUAUCUGAUGACCCCAUUGCCGCUCCACACAGACAUGCCUUACUAUGAGUACAAGGCGGGCAUAAACAUUUUGCAUACGCUGGUUCAAUCGGAGUCACCGGGUGGCGCCAAUAUGAUGACCGAUGGGUUUUUCAUAGCCGACAAGAUGCGUCGAGAGCAUCCAGAGUAUUACGAGUUAUUGUGCACCAUCCCUGUUAAUUGGUUCGACAUUGGACACGAUGGCGACGCAGGCAAACCGUUCCACAGCCUAUGGCGUGCCCCCGUCAUUUGCCUGGAUGUUGAUGGCCAGUAUGCACGUAUCAAUCAAAACACAACUAAACGCGACAGUCGCUUUACUGUGCCGUUGGACAAAGUCAUGUCCUGGUACGAGGCUUAUGACAAGUUUCUUCAACUUGCCCAAGCUGAAGCUGUGGAGUUCAAAACGCGUCCUGGUGAUGUCUUUGUAUUUAACAAUCUUCGCAUGCUGCAUGGACGUACUGCGUACGAAGAUUCACCGCAAAAUAAGCGGCAUCUCGUAGGAGCCUAUGUUGAUUGGGAUAUUAUCUACUCGAAGCUACGCACACUUAAGUUCCCACAUGCGAGUAGUUAGACACAUUAUAUAUAUUGAG